AUUUAUAAAAGAGAGAAUUAAACGAAGAGAAAGAAAUUCGUUUAUUCCAAAAUAUUCUUUUGUUUAAUUAUUUUGUUAAUUUAAUUCAUGUGAAACGAGAAUUUACGAUAAAAAAAAUUGUUUAUCGUAAAUUUUUUUUUUUUUAGUAUAAAAAAUUUUAUAAAAAUUAUUGUGCCUCGUUCUAAUGCUGUUCGAUAAAUUUUUAAAAUUUUAAAUUAAUUAAUUGAACAAAAAUUAAUUAAAUAAAGUUAUUAAAAAUAAAAAGUAAUCAUAAAAAAAAAGUGAAACAAAAAAAAAAGUAUUAGAACAAAAAUUUAAAAAUUAAAAAAAAAAAAACAAAAUGACUACCCAAUCAUAUUAUAAAGAUCGUUUGGGUUUUGAUCCACGUGAAGUUUUAUAUGAACCUGGUUCAACACCAACAAAGGGACGUUCAAGUAGUCAUCAAAGAAUAUCAAUUAGUCCGGGUGGUAGUGGUAGUGGCGGCGGCGGCGGCGGUGGUAGUAGUAGUGGUGGCACUUAUAUUAAUAAUAAUGAUCGUAAUAGUAUGGAUCGUUAUGAUAGUCCACAAGCAAAACGUAUAAAACAAAAUUAUUCAAUUGUUGAUAGUAAUAAUCAUGAAUCAAGUGGUUAUGAAGAUGCUCUAACACAAUUUAAAGGUACAAUGUCAAUAUGGCAAUAUUUUGUUGAAAAUUGGGAUAUAUUAUAUGAACGUGAUGCCAUACAAAAAAAGACUUUCACAAAAUGGGUUAAUAAACAUCUAAAAAAGCACUGGAAAUAUGCAGCCAAGACGUAUACAUUUUUACAUGUUUGUGUAUCGAUCAGUGGGUCACCCUGUUGUCCUCCAACUGCCUCCCGACGUGUUGACGAUCUCUUUGAAGACUUGCGUGAUGGACAUAAUUUGCUUUCUCUCUUGGAAGUUUUAUCUGGCGAACAUCUUCCCAGAGAAAAAGGAAAAAUGCGCUUUCACAUGUUGCAGAAUGCUCAAAUGGCACUUGAUUUUUUACGAUAUAAAAGAAUCAAAUUGGUUAAUAUACGUGCUGAAGAUAUUGUUGAUGGCAAUCCAAAGUUAACACUUGGUUUGAUUUGGACAAUUAUUUUACAUUUCCAGAUCUCCGAUAUAGUUGUUGGUAAAGAAGACAACGUAUCAGCACGUGAAGCUCUAUUAAGAUGGGCACGUCGUUCAACAGCACGUUAUCCAGGUGUUCGUGUAAAUGAUUUUACAACCUCAUGGCGUGAUGGUUUAGCAUUCUCAGCUCUAAUACAUCGUAAUCGACCAGAUUUGCUUGACUGGCGAAAAGCAAGAUCUGCUCGACCACGAGAGCGCUUAGAAACAGCAUUCCAUGUUGUCGAAAAAGAAUAUAAUGUCACACGUCUGCUUGAUCCUGAAGAUGUUGACACUAAUGAACCGGAUGAAAAAUCAAUGAUCACAUAUUUAUCAUCAUUGUAUGAUGUGUUCCCAGAACCACCAUCAAUACAUCCAUUAUUCGACCAGGAUUCACAACGUCGUGUACACGAAUAUAAAGAAUUAGCGCAUAAUUUUAUAUCAUGGUGCCGUGAAAAAACUGCCUAUUUACAGGAACGAUCGUUCCCAUCAACAUUAAUUGAAAUGAAACGCUUAUUAAAUGAUUUGAAUCGUUUUCGUAAUGAUGAAAUACCACCAAAGAAACGUGAAAAAACGAAAUUAAUACAAUGUUAUAAAGAAUUAGAACGUUAUUUUGAAUCAAUUGGUGAAGUUGAAAUUGAUCCACAAUUAGGGCCAGAUGCAUUAGAAAAAGCAUGGUAUCGUUUACAAACAGCUCUCUCUGAUCGUGAUUUAAUAUUACAACAAGAAGUUGAAAGAUUAGAACGUUUACAACGUUUAGCUGAUAAAGUACAACGUGAAAUAAAACAUUGUGAUAUUAAAAUCACUGAAUUAGAAACAACAAUUAUUGAAGAAAGCCGUCGUAUUGAACGCUUACAUCCAAUUGAAGCUAAAAAUAUUGUUGAAAGUUUAGAAACUGAUAUUAGGCAUUUAGAGGAACCAAUAAAAGAUAUGAAACAAGAUUGUAUUAUAUUAAAAGAAGGACGUUAUCCACAUGCUAACGAUUUACAAAAGAAAGUAACGAAACUCCAUCAAAGAUGGGCACAAUUACAUACAACAUUCCAUACUUCAUUAGUACAGAAAUUAUCUGGCCUUAGUUAUCCCGUCCAUGAAACAACAUUGGCGCGUCAAACGCGUGUUGUUGUCGAAGCUAGACAAAUUGAUACAAAUCCAUAUUUUAGAGAUUUACAAGAAUACACUGAAUGGUGUCAAAAUAAAUUGAAACAAUUAUUGGCUGCUGAUUAUGGUUCUGAUUUGCCAUCAGUUAAAGCGGAAUUAGAACAUCAUCAACAAGAGCAUAAAACUAUAGAUCAAUUCCAUUCAAAAAUUGCACAUGCCGAAAGACAAGAGUCCAAUUUUAGUGGUGAUGAAUUACAUUUAUAUCAACAACGAUUAAAUGCUUUACAAAAAUUAUACGCUGAACUAUUAAGUACCUCAACGAAACGUUUAUCCGAUUUGGAUGCGCUUCAACAUUUCUUAGCCCAAGCAUCAGCUGAAUUACAAUGGUUGAAUGAACGUGAACAAACUGAAAUUACACGUGACUGGGCUGAUAAAAAUCUUGAUUUGUCAUCGAUUCAUCGUUAUUAUGAGCGAACAUAUGGAAAUGGUGAUGAAAAUCUAAUGUCCGAAUUGGAGAAACGUGAAAUACACUUUGCAACGAUUUUAGAUCGUGGUGAAGAUCUUCUACGACAACAGCAUCCAGCUUCAAAAUGUAUUGAAGCACAUUUACAGGCCCUACAAUCACAAUGGGCAUGGCUGUUACAACUCACAUUGUGCCUUGAAGUUCAUUUAAAACAUGCAACAGAAUAUCAUCAAUUCUUUACAGAAAUAAAGGAUGCAGAACAAUGGCUUGCAAAACGUGAUGAAAUUUUAAAUACAAAAUACUCACAAUCAGAUUUUGGUUUAGAUCAAGGAGAAGCUUUAUUACGUGGUAUGCAAGAUUUAAGAGAAGAAUUAAAUGCUUUUGGUGAAACAGUACAAGCUUUACAACAACGUGCUCAAACAAUAAUACCAUUAAAAGCACGUAAACAACCAGUUAAUAGACAAUCACCAGUACAAGCAAUUUGUGCGUAUAAACAACAGGGACAAGUUGCAUUAGAAAAAGGUGAAUCAUGUACAUUAAUUGAUAAUUCUGGUCGGGUCAAAUGGAAGGUGCGUAAUUCAAAAGGAGCUGAAGGUUCUGUACCAGGUGCUUGUCUUUUAAUGCCACCACCAGAUCCAGAAGCGAUUGAAGCUGCUGAUCGUCUUAAAAGAUUAUUUGAUCGUUCAGUUGCUUUAUGGCAAAAGAAACAAUUACGUUUAAGACAAAAUAUGAUUUUCGCUACAAUACGUGUUGUUAAAAGUUGGGACUUUGAACAAUUCUUAGCCAUGGGACCUGAACAGCGUACAGCCAUUCGAAGAGCAUUAAAUGAUGACGCUGAUAAAUUGCUAAGUGAAGGUGAUCCAAAUGAUCCACAAUUAAGACGUUUGAAACGUGAAAUGGAAGAGGUGAAUCGACUAUUUGAUGAGUUUGAGAAACGUGCUAGAGCAGAAGAGGAAAGCAAACAAGCAAGUCGUCUAUUUACCGAACAAUGUCUCACAAUCAAAACAAAACUUGAAGAUAUGGCUAGAGAAUUGGAUCAUAUUAUAUUGUCACCAAUGCCACGUGAUUUGGAUUCAUUAGAACAUUCUGUACAAAUUCAUGAAGAUUAUAAACGUCGUCUUAAAUUACUUGAACCAGAAUUGAAACAUUUACAAGAAACAUUCCGUACAAUUGCACUUAAAACACCAGCUCUUAAAAAGAGUUUAGAUAAUUUAAUGGAAUUAUGGAAAGAAUUGAAUACUCAAAGUAAUUUACAUGGUGAUCGCUUAAAAUUACUUGAAGGUUCUUUAGCUGGUCUAGAGGAUAAUGAACAAGUUAUAUCAGAAUUGGAAGGAAUAUUAGCUAAACAUCAAGAUUUACCCUCACAUGAAGACGGUUUGCAUCGUGUAUUUAAAGAAUUAACAAGAAUGCAAGAUAUUAUAACACAUCAACAACCGCAAAUGGAUAAAAUGAAUGAUGCAGCCGAUCAAUUAGGUCGUAUGGGUGUACCAACAAAAGUUUUGGGAGAUUUAAAACGUUUACAUGCAAAUGUUGAACGUUUAAAUACAAGAUGGAGUCAUGUGUGUUCACAAUUGGGUGAAAGGUUGAGAGCUGUUGAAACUGCAAUCGGUCUCUUGAAAAAUCUAAGUACUGGUAUUAUAAAAGAAGAAACAUGGAUUGAUGGUGCUACUCAGAAAUUAUCAGCAAUGCCAACAGCUGCAUCUGCAAUUGAAAUAGAUAAUUUACUUGGUCAAGCUAUUGAAAGAAAACCAAAAAUCGAACAAGUUAAUAUUGCUGGAGGUCGUUUAAUACGCGAAGCUAAGAUCUAUGAUGGUAAAUGUCUUCACUAUAUUGAUUGGUUAGUUGAAGCAAGACCAUCAUUUUCACCACCACGUCGUGAUUUACGUCCACCGGAUGCUGAUCCAGGAGCAACUGAAGUAUUUAGUCAACGUUUAGAUACAUUAAAUAAUAAAUAUGAAAGAUUAUUAGAAAUGUUAUCACAGAGACUGAAGACGGCAAUUGAAGUUAAUGGAGCUGAUGGUUUGCGUUAUGCAGAAAGUUUACAGAAACCACUUAGAACAUAUAGAGUUGAAUUUAAUUUGAGUGGACCAGCUGGCGAUGGUACCCAAAUUAAUCAAAAUAUCGGUGAUGAUAUUUAUACAUCAUCCUAUACAACACAAUUCAGUUCAACAAAACAAACAACAACCAAAACAAUUUAUGAAAGUACAGAUUAUACAAAUCGUAAUAGUCAGAGUCGUGAAACAACACCAUCAAAACGUAAUGGUGAUGCAACACAAUCACCACCGCCUCUUAAUAAUGCCUCUUCAGUACAAUUUAAUAAAAUUCUUAGUCUUAAACGAGUACAGAAAUCAAAUGAAAGUGUUGGUACAGAAACAUCACGUUUAUUAUUAGAUGUUCCUGGUAUUAAAGAUCCAAAAACUGGACGUAUAUUAACGGUUGGUGAAGCAAUUCAUUUAAGAAUAUUAGAUGUUAGAACCGGAGAAAUAAAUGUUAAUGGAAAACCAAUUAAUUUAAAAGAAGCUGUACAACAAGGUUUAAUUGAUCCAAAUUUAGCAAAUGAUUUAUUACAACCAAAUGCUGGAAUUGAUCCACAAACUGGUCGUAAUUUAUGUUUAUUAGAAAUAAUACAAAAAGAAAUAUCUGAAGCUGAAAAUGGUUAUGAAUCAGCUGAGAAACGUAUUAAGGUAAAUGAAAAAGUAGACCAAAUCGAUAGUAGUAGUGGUAGUGGUCAUAUAAGUAAAAUCACAGUAAGAGUAAAUAAUGAGCGUCCAAAAAGUAUUGCUGAUGCUAUAGCUGAUGGUAAUAUUGAUGGAAAUACUGGUUUAUAUAAAAUUGAAAGUGAUGGUCAAACAAUAAGUAUUGCGGAAGCUUAUGAACAUGGUUAUUUAAUAAAACAUGAAUCAGUUACAAUUAAAUCAAAUGCCUUAUGUUUAUCGGAUGCAAUUGCACAUGGAUUAGUUGAUAAUAGUGGUUGGAUAUCAGAUCGUAAUUCCGGUGAUAAAUUUAGACUUGAUACAGCGAUUUCAAAUCAAUUAAUAAAUUCGAAAUGGCGUGAAAUUGUUGACGCCAAAAAUGAUAAAAAGGUAACACUAGAUGACGCUAUUAAAUUAGGUAUUUUGAAUACGAAAACCGGAAGAUAUAUUAACCAAGUGACAAAAGAAAAGUUAACAUUUAAUGAAGCCCGUAAUAGGCAAUUAAUUUUAAAACCUUUAACAUUGAAAGAUGUUGUUGAUCUAAAUUUACUUGAUAAAAAUUCAGGUAAAAUAACCAGUCCAAUGCGUAGAGAAAAAUUAACAAUACUAGAAGCUAUAAAUUCUGGUGUUUUAGACGAUAGUAACUUAAAAUGUAUUACAAAACAAAAAGGUGAGCUAAUAACUUUACAAGAAGCAAUUGCUGAUGGUAUUAUUUUACCAUCUGAAGUUAAAUAUUGUGAUUUUAAAACUGGUGAAAAAAUUUCAAUUCCUGAAGCUGUAGAUCGUGGCCUUAUUAGUUCUGUACAACAAAGAUCCUUAUUUAAUAUUGAUGGUUUCAAAGAUCCUUAUAGCAAUGAUUUUGUUAGUUUUAAUGAAGCUAUAGGUAGAGAUAUUUUAAUUCGUAAAAAUGGUGAAUUUUUCAUUGAUUCUGGUAAAGGUAAUUUAUUAGAUUUAAAAAGUGGUCUUCAAUCUGAAAUUAUUCGUGGUGAGGUAUAUGAAAUGUUUAACCGUCCGAUUGGUGUGCAUGAUGCUAGUGGUAAAGAAUUGACAGUAAUAGAUUUAGUUUAUUUAGAGCUUUUAGAUCCAAAAACUGGAUAUUUAUUAGAUCCUAAAACAAAAACACCAAUUCCAUUAGAUACAGCUAUUGAACGUAAAUUCAUAACACCUGAUGGUGCCUUAUUAUUAAGUAGUUUAUUAAAUAUAACAUUGACGACAGAAACUGUUACAAAAACUAUUAAACGUUAUGUUACGGUUACAUCUGGAAGCCAACCAGAAGAAGUAGUUUUAACAUUUACAGAAGCGGUCCGACAAGGUUUUAUUGAUGAAUCACGUCAGUUGUUUAAAGAUCCGAAAACUGGUAAAAUAUAUUCAAUUCAACAAGCAUUAAAUUUCGGUUUAUUAUCGCCUGAUACUGAUACUGAUGUUCCAGAGCCAUCCAGUCGUAAAACGAAAAAAUCUACAUUGACAAUAGUUACAAAACAAAUCAUUCCAGAGCCUGAUCCAAUUAAACUAAAAUCCCAAAAAAUUAUUGAAAAAUCAAUUGAUAUUCCAAUACCUCAAAAGGCUGAUACAAUAAUUUCUCCAACUGGUGAUGGCUCAAAACAAUUUUCUUCAACAUAUCGUACGGAAACUGUGGUUGAAGAAACAAAAGGCUCUAAAACUUUGGUUUCAGAGUUUAUAACGUCUGAAAAGCAGCAUCAAAUAACCGAAAGACACUCGUUUGAAUUACCACCAGAAGGAUGGUUAUUGUCUAAAGCUAUCGAACAAAAACUAUUGGACCCUGAAACAGGUCUUUUCCUAAUCCCUGGCACAGAUCGUUUAGUUAGCUUCCAAGAGUGUAUUCAACUUCAAAUCAUUAAUAAAAAUUCAGCCAGUGUUAUCGAUCCUAAAAACGGGCGUAAAAUUACUAUAGAUCGAAGCUUAGAAAAGAAAGUACUUGAUUCUACUGGUAAAUAUAAAGAUAAUAAGAAAACUAUCAGUAUGAAAGACGCGAUAAAAUCUGGUAAAAUAAUAUUUGAAAAUCCAUCUGAAGUUGAUUUAACAAAUCAAAAAAUAAUUCAAAUUACAAAAGUCACUGGUAAGCCAGAUGUUGUUGAGGUCUCUGAUCGUCUCAACGAAAAUCCUCCACAAUUUGUGCCAAUUACAACAACAUCUUCAAAAAGAGAAUUACCUAGUCCUGAACCUAUUCAAAUCACUCCAGGUGCUAUAUAUGAUCCUUCAACGGCUUUAGUUAUAUUCACACAAACAGGCCAAUCUGAAAAUAUAUUAAGUGCAGUUGCUAAGGGCUUAAUUGAUCCCAAUUUAGUUAAAUUAACUGAUCCUAAAAGCGGAGAGCAGAUUUCUGUUUCUCAAGCCAUUUCUAAAAAUUUAAUAGAUCCAAGAACAGGAGAAGUAAUCGAUAAAACCGGAAGUAGAUUAGAUUUAGUUAGCGCUGCAAAAUUAGGGGUUCUUGCUGUUAUCGGUGCUCCAUUAGUUGCUGCUGAAGGCGCUCUAAAAACUCUUCGGUUUGUCACGGAUCCAAGAACAGGGGAAGAAAUUCCCGUCGAAUUAGCAUAUCAAAGGGGGAUUGUUUCACGUGAUGAACUUUCUUUUGAUUCGUCAAAAGGCUCUACACCAACACAAACAAAAAGUCCCGAUCGUACAGGUAUUAGAUCAAUGACCGAAGAUUUUAUUAAUUUAGAAAGAGGAAGCUUACCUAGCGAAGGUGACUUAAACGUAAUGGUGUCCACUGAACCUAAACAUUUAAUUUCAAUAGGUAGGGUCAAAUCCUUAAGCCCAGAAAAGGAAACAAAAGUUGUUGUAUUGCAGAAAAUGAGAAAACAAAUUUACAAACCUAAAGAUGCCCAAAAUAAAGGUAUUAUCGACGAAGACACAGCAACGAUCUUAGAAAACAAGUCAAACUUUACUACACCAGAUGGAGAAGUUUUAACAAUAUCAGAAGCAUUAGAAGUAGGACUAAUAGACGGAACAAAAGGUAAAAUUGUUGAUCCACAAAGAGGUGAUAUUCUUAAUAUAGCUGAAGCUGUUGCACGCGGUAUAAUUGAUCCUCAAGGUACAAAUAACAUAUUAAUACCAAUAGCUAAAAGCAUUUCGAUUCCUCAUUUGAAAGAUCAAGGUUUAAUCGACCCUUCGAAUGCGAAAAUUGUCCAUCCUGAAACAGGGUCACCGUUGUCAGUAAAAGAAGCAAUCAUUUGUGAAGUUUUAGAUCCCAAAUCGAAACUUUUAAAACCCAAAUCGACAGUGGAAUCAGCUAUACAAGAAGGUAUAAUUGAUGAGGAUGAAUCAACUGUAAAUACGAAAAAAGGAAAUGUUGAUUUACUUCAAGCCAUUGACCAAAAAGUUUUCGAUCCAAAAGACUCUGGAAAAUCUUUAGAAGAAAUUCCUCCAGUUGGUAUGACAUUUCCAGUUGCCGUCAAGAAAGGUUUAUUUGAUCCUUCAACAAAUGAAAUUGUUCAUCCUAUAACUAAAGAACGAAUUCCAAUUAAACAGGCCAUUGACGAAAACCUCAUAAUGGCUGUACCGUAUCCUCCAAAUCCAGAUUCCAUUGAACUAAAUGAUGCUCUAUCGACUGGUAUAAUUAAUACAGAUAACGGUAUAAUGAAACAUCCAAAAACUGGUGAAACAAUUUCUAUAAAAGAAGCUGUUGAUAAUGGUGUUUUAAUAAUUAAACCUCUUCCAGAGUUUGUUCUAACACAUUCUACAGGUCCUGUAACCUCCGUUACAGAAACUAUUACAUCAGUUCACACUGUCACAACAAAAACUAUUGCGUUAUUGCAAGGAUACGCAAUGGUAAAUGAUAAAGUACAAAAUCUACAAACUGGUGAAAUUAUUUCAAUAGAAGAAGCUAAAGAGAAGGGAAUAAUUUCUGACGAAUCUGAAACAAAACAAACAGUUGCCACAAAAGAAAUAAAACAGAAUUUCGCAGAUGCUGUACGAGAGGGUCUGGUGAACAUUAAAGAUGGAACAUAUACUGAUCCAAAUUCUGGCGAAACUAUAUCUGUAAAAAAUGCCGUCGAAAAAGGAAUUUUAACCAUUGAAAACCAAAUAAUUCAAUCAGGUAAACAAAUUGAAGCUCCUGUACAAGAAAAACCUUUAGAAAAUUUGACAAUAACUGAAGCAUAUGAUACUAUUUAUGAUGAAAAAACAAAACAAUUUAAAGAUCCUAAAGACGAGAAACGGUUACUUACAUUGAAACAAGCUAUGGAUGAAGGAAUUGUAAAUCCUAAAUCUGUUGUGUAUGAUAUCCCAAGCGGAAAAGUUCAAACUUUAGAAGAGGGAGUAAAUCAAGGUUUAAUAAGUCCAACAACUGGCGAAAUUAAGCAAAAAUCGGGAAUAUCUGUAAAUGUUAAACAAGCAGCAAAAAUGGGUUUACUAGCCGUUGUAGGAGCACCUGUUUUAGCUGGAAUUACAGUUGUAGAUGCAGUUAAGAAAGUCGUGAAAAAAGGUGACGAGAAAGAUAAGGAACCUAAGUUUGCAGAUAAACCGAAACCAACAGAACGGCUAACUGAAAAACCAAUUCCCAAGAAUAGAUCACCUGAAAAGGAGCCUCCAAUCCCAAUAGAAAGAACAAAAGUAGAAAAAGUUGUUGAAGUUGUAAAAACAGAUAAGCCUAAGCCUCAUGAAUCUAUUCAAGUAGAAAUUAAAAAUGAUACACCUGUUGUCAAAGAAAAAGUCAUAGAAAAGGUUGACGAAUCAAAGAUUGCAAAAGACAAAAUUAAACCAAAAGAUAAGCCGGCAGAAAAUAUAGUGAAACCAGCAGAUAAAACUGAUGUCAAAGAAAAUACUACUGAAGGUGACCUGAAAACGGUAUAUAAUGAAAAAUCGAUUGACACUCACCAUAGAAAAAUAGCUGAUCCUUCAAUAACUGAAACUAUCACAACUGAAACUACUACAACAACUACUACAAUUACAACAAAAACUAGUGAGUUACCUAUUGAAUCUGAAAACACUGAAAUAAAAUUGAUUGAACCACCAGUAGCAGAACAAAAACAACCUUCUAAUAUUAAUGAUUUCUUGGAAGCAGAACGUUUACAGUCUCUUCCUAAAGAGAAAAUUGAACCGUCUGUUGAGAAGUCAAACGAAUUGAUAAAAGAAUCACCGGAAUCUGAAAUUGUCGAACAAGAAUCUUUUGAAACAACAAGUUCAACAAUUACAAAAACUACAACAACAGUUGAAACAAUUACAACUAUAACAGAAUUACAAAGGCCGAUUGAGUCUGAAAUUUUAGAAAAGCCUCAGAAGGCUAUUAUAUCUAAUGUAGAUGAUUUCUUGGAACAUGAAAGAAAUGCUACAAUACUUGCGAAUGGAAGUACAGUAGCAAGUGACCCAAGUUUGAAUUCAACCGUUACUAUUGAAACAAUUUCCUUUGUUAAAGAACCAUCCGGCACUGCAGUUGUAGAAGAACCUAGUUCAAAAGUCACAUCAGAAACUUUACAAAAAGAAAUACCAACAGAAGAAAAUCAAUUGUCCAAACCUCAAAAACCGGAAAGCCUUCCGAUUGGUGAUGCGAUUUCUCAGAACAAAAUAAAGCCUGACAUAUGUAAAAUUAUAGUAGAUGGUCAAGAACAACCGGAAGUUGUACAAGAACUUUUAGCCGAAGAGAAGUUAAGUCCCUUAGAUGAAGUUCGAGUAAUCGAUGAACGUUUAGUAGAACUUGAAAGAGUUCAAUAUGUAAUAGGUGCCAAUGACGAACUUACUUUAGAAAAACUUGCUGAGCUUGAUCUAUAUGAUCCUGAACAACAAAUAUUUAUUGAUCCUACAACUGGGCAAAAAAUUUCUUUCCAGACAUUAGUUUUUGAAAUGAAUAUAUUUGAUACAAGUACAAUUUUGGUAAAAAACUUUUCUCGUAGUAAAUAUGAGACUCUAGACGUGGCCUUAGAGCGGCCUUUACUUGACAAACAUACAGGUCAUAUGGUAGAUCCCAAAACUGGUAAAAAAAUACCAUUCUUUGAAUGUAUCGAACGCGGUUGGAUUAUCCGUGGUACUCCAAAACUCGAAAUGGUACAGCCGAUUGAAAAUUUAAUUGAUUCCAAGACUGGUUAUGUUUCCUUGGACAAUGGUCAAAUGAUCCCGAUAUCUGAAGCAUUAAAUAACGGUAUUAUAGAUAUACAAGCAAUAUCAGUGCGAAAUCCCGUCAGUGGUGAAGUUAUUCCACUGCGUAUGGCAAUUGAGUUGGGUGUAGUUGAUUUAAGUAGUGGUACACUUUUGGACAUUGCCACGAAUGAAGCUAUGACUAUGGAAGAUGCAUAUAAACGUGGAUUUUUAGUACCUGGUGCUAGAAAACCUAUAUCUCUUGAAGCCGCCGUUAAAACCGGUCUUUACGACCCAGAAUCUGGUAAAAUUUUAGACACAGAAUCCCAAAAUCGUGUUGAUGUCGAAAAAUCAAUCAAAAUUGGUCUUGUUGACCCCAAAAUAUCUAUGAUUGUUGAUACAAAAAAUAAUACUUCAUUGCCACUUGAUAGUGCUAUACAAGAUAAAUUGGUUGAAUCAGAAACCGGGCGAGUAAAAGAUACUAAAUCGAAUGAACUGAUUCCAUUUAAUGUUGGUAUUGAAAGACAAUUGCUUCAAACUAAUCCAGUUGUAUGGAGUUUAUGUGAGGUCCUUCAAAAGGAAUAUUACAAUCCAGAAAGUGGUAAGGUUUUAAGUCCCAUCACUGGUCAUGAAACGACACUUCACGAAGCAAUUGAUUCUGGUCUUAUUGAAGUUGAUUCUUCUUUAAUUAAAGAUGAAGACAAUGAUGUUCUAUUAUCUGGUAAAAAGGCUAUUGAAAUUGAUCUAAUAGACACCGAAAAAGGUGAUCUAACCCGUCCUAAACUUACGCUAGAUCAAGCCUUUGUUAAAGGUUACAUCGUAAGCACUAAAAAACCAUUAUCUCUUGUUGAUUGUAUUCUUCGAGGUCUUUACGAUCCUAAUAACGGUAAAUUUAAUAUUGAUGGUAAAUACCUUACACUAAAAGAUGCAAUUUUGGCCAACGAAACUAUAAAUCCACUUGAAUUAAUAAUAUUAGAUCCCAAAUCUGGCAAUAUUAUAUCGGUAGCUGAAGCUAUCAAAUUAGGUUAUUUAGAUCCAGUUGCUGGAUUAUUAGUUGAUCCGUCUUCUGGACUUAAAUUGACAUUAACUGAAGCUCUCGAAAACCGCAUUUUGAUUCCACCGAAACGUAAACGAAGUUUACCAGAUGCCGUUUAUGGCGGUUUGUAUGAUCCGAAAACUGGUCAAUUUAGCAACACAAUUACCAGAGAAGUACUCUCAACUGAACGUGCCAUUCGUAGAGGAAUUCUUGAUCCUGAGUCGACCAUUGUUAAUACUUAUGGCAAAGUGCUACCAUUCGAGAUUGGAGUGCAAGACGGUGUAAUCGACGCGAAACGUGGUACUGUAAAAGAUUCUGAUGGAAAAAAUAUUGACUUUAAAGAAGCUUUCGAUCGGGGUAUUCUUGUUGAAGCUAAAAAACCAUUAAGUUUGUCCGAAUCAGUAGUGAAAAAUAUUUAUGAUGAAGGUACAGGGUUGUUUAUGGAUCCAAAGUCAGGUAAAAAACUCACAUUUAGUGAAGUUAUUGAAGAAAAAAUUAUUGACCCAGAUUCAGUUCAAAUCAGAGAUCCAAAAUCAGGUGUUUAUAGAGAUCUUCAUUUAGCAGAAGCUAUUGAAAUGGGGGUUAUCGAUCCACAGACAGCAACCGUUACCUAUAAUAAUCAAAGACUUACUUUACGACAUGCAUUUGAAGUUACGAUUCUUGCUGAUAGCAAAGCUCCAGUUAGUAUUCAACGAGCUAUACAUCAAGGUCUAUAUGACGAAAAAACGGGAAAAAUUGUUGAACCAAAAACUGGUCGCAAUAUUACUAUUUUAGAAGCUACAAGAAAAUUCAUUAUAAAUCCUCAACUACCAUGCUAUUUCGAUGAACAAAAUGAAAAAAUGCUUACAUUAGCUGAAACAUGUCGAUCUGGUCUGAUUGACAGACGAGAAGGAGUUUUCAGAGAGCCAGGUAGCGAUGUAUACAUUUCUUUGAAUGAAGCGUUAUCUUUAGGACUGAUAGUCGACAUUGAAAGUGCAAGCUUCGGUCUAUAUGAGCUUCUUGCAAUGAAAUUUUAUGAUAUUAGUAGUCGAAAUGUGAUUCAGCCGGUUAGUAGCCGAUUAUUAACACUUCGGGACGCUUGUGUUGAAGAUGUUGUUAGUACGUCCUCUAGUUUAGUAAAAGAUGUUCGAUCAAAUAAAUAUAUAAGGUUAGGUAAUGCUAUUAAAGAAAGGCUUAUAGAUGAUUUGGAUGGUAGUUAUGUGCUUCCAGAUGGUAAAAAAAUAGAUUUAGAACAAGCUCGUGCUCAAGGAAUUAUAGUCUCUAAUAGAAAAUUAUUAAGUUUAGAAUUAGCACUACGAAUGCUUCUAUAUAAGCCAGAAACAGGUAAAAUUAUUGAUCCAUCAACAGGAGCUUAUUAUGAUUUAGCUGAAGCAAUUGAUAAUGGCUUAAUUGAUCAUGAUACAACUAUUUUCAAAAAUCAUGUAACAGGAAUAGAUUAUCCCCUUAAGCAAGCUAUUCAAAAUGGUGAUAUAGAUGUAGUAAAAGGUAGAGUUUUAGAUCCAAAAACAAAAACAACAUAUAACUAUCAAAUAGGUUUCGAUAAAGGAACUUUGGUUACGGCUCAUAAACCAAUUACAGAGCGUCCAUUUAAAAAACGUGAAGAUAGUAUUGAAUUAUUAGCAACCUCACCUGUAAGUAAAAUUAUUAGUAAGCCACGUGAAAUGUCCCUUGAUGAAGCUAUCCGUUAUGAAAUAAUCAAUCCUGAAACAGCAGUAAUUAAAGAUUUUAUUAGAACAUUUAAAUUUAUUCCAUUAUCACUUGCAAUUGAGGAAGGUACAGUAGAUAUAUCAAAGCGUUGUCUAGUCGAUCCUAAAUCACAAGUUUUUACAUUUGAUCCAAUGUUAAUUGUUUAUAAAACGGAACCGAUUUCAUUUGAUUAUGCGGUAGAAAAUCAAAGUCUAGAUUUAACAACCGGUAAAUUAACAUAUAUUCAACCAAAUACAACUGUUGAAACACCGACAAUAAUUAAUAAAAAUAAAAACAAUGAUAAUACUUUAAAACCUGAUUCUGAAGUUGAACUAAUUGAACCAAAAAUAUUAAGUCUUAAAGAUGCAACAACACAAGGUCUAUUAGAUCCAGAUUCAGCUUUAGUUAAAGAUGGUGCUAAAGAAAAAUUAGUUCGUUUACCAGAAGCAUUCCGUAAAGGUUUAAUGGAUGCUGAAAAAGCUAAUGUUUUAGAUACAAAAACAUCAAAAUUAUGUAGUUUACAAAUGGCAUAUGAAUCAGGUUUAUUGGUAACACCAAAACGUGCAUUUGGUUUACUUGAAGCAAUACAAUAUAAAUUAUAUAAUCCAACAACCGGUAAUGUAACUGAUCCAUUUCAAACAAGUCCAGAUAUAUUAAAUAGUAAACGUUUAACAUUAAAUGAUGCCAUACAAAAUGGUUUAAUUGAUCCAUCAACAACAAUGGUACGUGAUACAAUUAAUACAAAUAAUAGUGAAAUUGUACCAUUACAAACAGCAAUAGCAAAUGGUAUUGUAGAUGCCAAUGAUGGUAAAUGGAUUGAUAAAUAUGAUGAUAAAAAUAAUUUUGAUUUGGUAAAAGCUACUGAAAAGAAUUUAUUAUUACCAGCUGAACAGAGGCAAGCAGUAUUCGAAAAAUUCAACUUAUGCGAAGAAACUGUCACUGGGCUACUUAAAUGGAUUUCUACUGUAGAACAGAAAAUUGCUCGAAUUGGUGGACCUAAAGAAAAAAUUGAUGAUUUAAGAAAUCAAAUAAAUUCACUCAAGCAAAUCAAAGAUGAAAUUGAAUCUCAAUCACGUCCAGUUGCCUCCUGUUUGGAGCAAAUACGUCAAAUAGUUUUAACUGGUGGUGAUGUACUAUCAGCUCCUGAAGUAACAUCUUUAGAAAAUUCAGGACGUGAAUUACGUAGUCGUGUUGAUACAGCAACAAAUCGUACAUCAAAAUUAUUAAAACGUCUUGAAGCAUCACGUGAUGAAUUAAGUAAAUUAAGUUCAGAAUUAGAUAUUUUCUCAAAUUGGUUACAAUCCGCAAGACGUAUAUUGGAAGAUAAAGAACGUGCUCUAUCUGAUUUAAAUCGUUUAUCCUCACAAUCAGAUUCAAUACGUGAAUUUGUUAGUGAUGUAAUUGCACAUCAAGCAGAUUUACGUUUUAUAACAAUGGCUGCGCAAAAAUUUGUUGAUGAAAGCAAAGAUUUUCUUAAUAUAUUAAAUGAAUUCCGUACAUCAUUACCUGAUCGAUUACCACAUAUUGAACCACUUGCUUCUUCUGAAAGUCCAAUACGUCAGGAAGUCUCUUUAGUUUCAACACAAUACAAAGAUUUGCUUCAUCGUGCCAAUAAUUUGUCUGACCGUAUGUCUGGUUUAGGUGGCCGCCAACGUGAAUACCAAGAUGCCGUCGAUAAGGCUAGAGAAUGGCUAAGAACUGUUCAACCACGUGUUACGCAAAUAUUAUCAGAUCCAAUUGCUGCUGAUCCACAAACUGUACAGGAACAAAUGAGUGAUGCUAAGCAGUUGCAUAAUGAAUUUUUGCAACAAGGUCGUCUAAUUGAUAAUGCUCAACAAGCUUUAGAUACACUUUUAAGAUCAUUACAAGGUCAAUUAAGUCCAUCAGAAGUUUCAGCACUAGAAAUUCCUGUUGAAGAAAUUAAAGAUAAAUAUAAUCAAUUAUUGGAAGCAUUAGGCGAUCGUUGUAAACUUUUAGAUACAGCUUUGGUCAAAUCACAAGGUGUGCAAGAUGCAUUAGAUGGUCUUGUUAGUUGGGUUAAUCAAGCUGAAGAUAAAUUCAACAUGCAAUUCCGCCCAGCAUCACUUAUAAAAGAUAGAUUACAAGAACAAAUACGUGAGCAUCGUCAGUUAUUGGCUGAUUUGCAAUCACAUCAAGCUAGUAUAGACAGUGUAACAUCAUCAGCACACGAUUUAAUGCCAACAGCCUCAAAUGCUCGAUUAGUAAAGAAAAUUGAACAAAAAUUAAAUGACGUAACAAAUAAGUUUGAAAAAUUAUUAGAGAAAACUGUGAAACGUGGUGAAUUCUUGGAUGACGUACUUGCUCAACUAGUAAGAUUCCUACAAGAUUCUUCAUCAAUUGAGCAAGAAUUAUGUUUACUCCAAGAAGCUCUUGAAAGUCGAGAAAUUGCUUCAUUAGAUGCUGGUCAAUUAGCACAUCGAAUGAAUGAAAUGUCCAGAAUGAAGGAAAAAUUGAGACCGCACUUUGAAGACUGCGUUAAAAUUGGCAAAGAUUUAAUACAAAUGCGUGAUGUAACUGACACUAGUGGUGUUAGGGAUCGCGUUAAAGCCUUAGAAAAUCAAUGGAAAAAUCUCGACACAUCUCUUGAUGAGAAAGCAAGAUUAUCAAAACAAAAAGCUGAACAACUUAAUGCCUAUGAAAAUCUCAAAGACCAAGUUUUAGCAUGGUUAGCAAGUAUAGAAGCUAGAACUAAUUCCUUACAACCAGUGGCAGUCGAUAUAGAUCUUAUUAAGCGACAAAUAGAUGAACUAAAACCAAUUCAAAAAGAUUAUCGUGAUUACGGUCCAACUAUUGAUAAAGUCAAUGACUUAGGAAAUCAAUAUGAUGCUUUAACACAACCGGAUAGUCCUGGACGUAAACGUUCUAGUUAUAGUCCCGUUAAACGUCCCAGUCCUAGUCGCCGACUUUCUGGAGAAAACCGCACUCCAAGCCCGACUAAAGGAGGUCAAUCUGUUUCACCUUUAUCACCAGGAUCAAGUGGUUUUGGAAGUCGACGAUCAUCACAAGAUGGUUUCCAAAUUAAUGAAACAACACCUAUUCAACAACAAUUGGGUGAAAUUAAUAACCGUUAUGGUUUAGUUGGAAUUCGUCUAAACGACAGACAAAAUGAAUUGGACAACUUAAAAGAAGAAGUUAAAAAACAUCAAGACAAUUUGAAAGCACUUCUUGUAUUUUUGGAUAAAGCUCAAAGACAAGUUCCUAAAGAACAAAUGGCCAGUAAAGAUGAAGCUGAACGCUGCACUAGGCAAAUUAGAAAAAUAUUGGAUGAAAUGUACGAGAAGCAAAGUUUAUUAGAUUCAACUAAAACACAAAUAAAGGAUUUACUUCGCCGCAAACCCGAUGUACCGGGUGCUGAUCGAUUAAGAAAUGAGCUUGAAAAUGUUGCUGAUCGAUGGAAGACAUUAUAUGAUCUAUGUAAGAGCAGAAUCGAUUUCUCUGAACAAUUGCGUGAUUUCCUGGAUACUCAUGAUAACCUUAAUAAUUGGCUUAACAGUAAGGAACGUAUGUUAACUGUUUUAGGACCCAUUUCAUCGGACCCAAGAAUGGUUCAAAGUCAAGUGCAGCAAGUUCAAGUUUUACGAGAAGAAUUUAGAACUCAACAACCGCAAUUGAAUCAUUUACAAGACGUUGGUCACGCUGUCUUGGAUCAUGUUAAAGAAAAUUCUCCUGAAGGGCAAGGUGUUGUAAAGAAACUCCGUGAAAUACAAAAGAAAUGGGAUGAUCUUGUUGGACGUCUAGAUGAGCGAGCUAAUAGUUUAGGUGGAGCAGCUGAUAGUAGUAAAGAAUUCGAUGCUGCAUUGAACCGACUUCGUGAGGCCCUGCAAAAUAUCAGUGACAAUUUGGAUGCAUUGCCGAUCGAUAAAGAUCAUCAAGAAAAUCUACGUAAAAUUGAAAAUUUGGAACGACAAUUGGAAGGACAACGUCCAUUACUUGCUGAUGCAGAACAAGCAGCUGCAGCUUUAUGUAAGGUGCUAAGUGAUCCAGCUUCUAAAGCUGAUGUCAAUAAUCGUGUUGGUGCUUUAGAAAAACAAUAUCAAGCAUUACAAAAGAAACUUGAUAAUCGUAAAGCUGAAACUGAAGCUGCACUACGCGAUGGACGACAAUUUGCUGAGAGUUGUUCAAAAACAUUAGGUUGGCUAGCAGGUGAAUUGGCGAACUUAUCAGAAAGAUUAUUGGUUUCUGCUCACAAACCAACAUUACAACAUCAAAUUGAUACCCAUGAACCAAUAUAUCGCGAAGUUAUGGCACGCGAACAUGAAAUCAUUAUGCUUAUAAACAAAGGAAAAGAUUUAGUAAAUCGACCAGGAUCAAGUCCAGAUCGUGCUGUCCAAAGAGAUUUGGAACGUAUUCAACAACAAUGGGAUAAACUAAGGCGUGACGCUGUCGACAGACAUACUCGCCUACAAACAUGCAUGGAGCACUGUAAGAAAUAUGGACAAACUUCGGAGUCAUUCCUUGCCUGGUUACGUAGUGCUGAAGAUAAACUAGCUGAUUUACGUCCUGGAAUUUUGAAAAAAUCACAAAUUGAUCAAAGACUACGCGAAUUACAAACCUUCCGUAGUGAAGUUUGGAAAAAAUCUGGGGAAUAUGAAAACACCAAAGGCUUGGGAGAUACAUUCCUUGCAGCUUGCGAUGUAGAUAAAGAUCCAAUUAAAAAUGAACUACAAGAUAUGAGGGAACGAUGGGACCGUUUGAAUAACGAUCUUUUGUUAAGAGCUCAAGAAUUAGAAACUUGUGCAAAUCGUUUGGCUGAUUUCAUGGAUGAGCUCAGAAAUUUGGAUCAUUCAGUUGGACGUUGUGAAGACCGCUUAGCUGCUCAUGAUUCUUUAGGAGGUGCCGGUAAAGAUCCAAAACUUUUAGAUCGUGUCAAAGCUAUUCGAGAAGACGUAACUACCCUAAAGAAACCAUUACAAAGUUUGAGACAAUCAGCAGCAGAUAUUGUUUCAGAAACUCGUGCCGCGGGCGGUGAUGCAGAUCAUUUAUCACAUGAAGUUGAAGGUUUAGGCGAUCGUAUUGGUGAUCUUCUGGACCGCCUCAAUGAUCGUUGCGGUGAACUUCAAUCUGCUGCCACAGCCGUUUCCCAAUUUAAUGAACAAGUUAAGAAUCUUGGACUUGAUUUGGCUGAUUUAGAAAAUCUUGUUGAUAACUUAACUCCACCUGGUCGUGAAAUCAAAGUGGUUCAAUCGCAAAUUAAAGAAGUCAAUAUCGUUUUGGAUAAAAUUGACCAAACAGCUGGCCGUGUUGGUGAUUUAGAACGUGCUGGUGAAAGUUUAGUUGAAUCAGGCUUCUCUCCCGAUACAGCACAAACUAGAGAUCAAAUUAUCACUCUUAAGAAAACUUUACUGAGAUUGGAGAAUCGUGCUAAAGAUCAAGAAGAAAACUUACAUACCGUUCUUAAAGAAUUACAAAGAUUUUAUGAUCAGUACAGUGUUCUUAUGGAUGAUUUGAAAGAUAUUUCUGAUGAAGUUAAACGAAUGAAACCAGUUAGUUCGGCCUUAGAAGAAAUUAAGAACCAACAAGAAGAUUUUAGACGAUUCCGCGAUCGUAAAGUUGAACCGUUGGCUCAAAAAGUUUCAGAAAUAAAUAGGGAUGGCAGAGAUUUAGUAAGAUCAGCUCAAACUGGUGUUUCUACGUCAAUAAUUGAAAAAGAUUUAGAAAAAAUGAAUGAAAAAUGGAACGAUCUUAAAGAAAAAUUGAAUGAACGAGAUCGUCGUCUAGAUAUUGCUUUACUGCAAUCUGGAAAGUUCCAAGAAGCUUUAAAUGGUCUUUCAAAAUGGUUGUCUGACACAGAAGACAUGGUUGCAAAUCAAAAACCACCAAGUGCUGAUUAUAAAGUAGUUAAAGCUCAACUUCAAGAACAGAAAUUCUUAAAGAAAAUGCUGUUAGACCGGCAGAAUUCGAUGUCGUCGUUGUUUACUUUGGGUAAAGAAGUAGCAGCAAAUUGCGAACCAUCUGAAAAAGCUGCUAUCGAGCGUCAGCUUAAAGAACUAAUGAACCGUUUUGAUGCUCUAACUGAAGGUGCUCAACAACGUGAAAGAGAUUUAGAACAAGCCAUGGAAGUCGCCAAAUUAUUCCACGACAAGCUUGCACCUUUACUACGUUGGUUAGAUAAUACAGAACGUUCAGUUAAAAAUAUGGAAAUGGUCCCAACAGAUGAAGAAAAAAUUCAACAAAGAAUUCGAGAGCACGACAAAUUACAUGAUGAAAUUUUAUCCAAAAAGCCAGAUUUUAGUGAGAUUGCAGAUAUUGCUGGGCAAUUAAUGGAUUUGGUAGGUGAAGAUGAAGCCGUUUCAUUGGGUGAAAAAGUUAAAACAACAACGGAACGUUACACCUCUCUAGUAGAAGCUAGUGAAAAUAUUGGACGACUUUUAGCUGAAUCUCGUCAAGGUUUGCGUCACUUAGUACUCACGUACCAAGAACUUGUUGCUUGGAUGGAGAGCAUGGAGAAAGAAUUUCAACGUUAUAAAGUUGUACCAGUCCAUACAGAAAAGGUACUUGAACAAAUGGAUCAUUUAGUGGAAUUGAAUGAAAAUGUUGCCAAUCACGCCGGAAGUGUUGAAUCAACUGUUGACGCUGGUUCAGAACUUAUGAAACAUAUUAGUGCUGAUGAAGCAAUUCAACUAAAAGACAAAUUGGACUCGUUACAACGCCGCUAUGGAGAACUUGCAAACAAAGGUGCUUCUUUACUGAAAAAUGCUCAAGAAGCACUUCCUCUUGUACAACAGUUCCAUGAGGCUCAUAAUCGUUUGGUUGACUGGAUGCAAGGAGCUGAAAGUGCUCUUGCUGCAGGUGAACCUCGUCAAGAUGAUAUUCUGCGUUUAGAAACUGAAUUAGCUGAUAUGCGUCCGGUGCUUGAAACAGUAAAUUUAAUUGGGCCCCAAUUGUGUCAAAUUUCUCCUGGGGAAGGUGCUUCAACAAUUGAAAGUCUAGUCACUCGCGAUAAUCGUCGUUUCGAUGCUAUUGUUGAACAAAUUCAACGUAAAGCUGAACGCCUUCAUCUAAGUAAUCAACGUGCCAAAGAAGUAACCAGUGAUAUUGAUGAAUUAUUAGAAUGGUUCCGCGAUAUGGAUUCUAGCUUAAGAGAUGCAGAUCCUCCAGCUCUAGAUCCACAGUUAGUUCGUGCACAAUUGCAAGAACAUCGCUCAAUUAAUGAUGAUAUAUCAAGUCAAAAGGGUCGCGUCCGAGAUGUAACUGCAUCAGCUAAGAAAGUUCUUAGAGAAUCUCCACAAAAUGAUUAUACCACUGCCUUACGUGAAAAACUUGAAGAUUUGAAAGAAGUUGUCGAUACUGUCGUUCAAUUAUGUUCAGAGCGUUUAAGCAUAUUAGAACAGGCUCUUCCACUAUCAGAACACUUCGCUGAUUCACAUAAUGGAUUAGCGUCUUGGUUAGAUGAAAUUGAACAUCAAAUUUCAUUGUUAAGUAACAUGCCAGCUUUAAGACCAGAACAAAUUGUAGCUCAGCAGGAUAAAAACGAACGACUAAUACAGUCAAUAUCUGAGCAUAAACCUCUCUUAGAUAAAUUAAAUAAAACAGGUGAAGCUCUUGCUGCCUUGGUUACAGAUGAUGAUGCUGCUAAAAUACAAGAAAUCCUAGAUUCUGAUAAUUCAAGAUAUUUAGCACUUCGCACAGAAUUAAGAGAACGUCAACAAGCAUUAGAAAGGGCAUUGCAAGAAUCAUCACAAUUUUCAGACAAAUUAGAAGGCAUGUUGCGUGCUUUAGCUAACACAUGCGAACAAGUUGAAAAUCUUGAUCCAAUCUCAGCAAUUCCUCAAAAAAUUGUUGAGCAAAUUGAAGAUAAUUCAGCUAUUGUUGAUGAUUUGAAUAAACGUACAGAAGCAUACGCAGCUGUACAAAGAGCUGCAAAUGAUGUUAUAGCCAAAGCACCUAAUAAACAAGAUCCUGCCGUUAAAGAUAUUAAAAAGAAAUUGGAUAAAUUGAAUCAAUUGUGGAAUGAAGCACAGAAUGCCACCAAAAAACGUGGUAAAUCAUUGGAUGAAGCUCUUGUAAUAGCAGAAAAAUUCUGGAAACAAUUGAAAGCUGUUAUGGAAACAUUGAAAGAAUUAGAAGAAACUUUAAGUUCACAAGAACCACCAGCAGCACAACCGCAAGAAAUCAAAAAACAACAAGUCGCAUUACAAGAAAUUCGCCAGGAAAUUGAUCAAACAAAACCAGAAGUAGAAGAGGUUCGUCGUAAAGGACAUAAUUUAAUGUCAUUAUGUGGAGAACCAGACAAACCAGAAGUUAAAAAGAAUAUUGAAGAUUUAGAUCAUGCUUGGGAUAAUAUUACAGCAUUAUAUGCUAAACGUGAAGAAAAUUUAAUUGAUGCUAUGGAAAAAGCUAUGGAAUUCCAUGAAACUUUACAAAAUUUACUGAAAUUCUUUGCACGUGCUGAAGAACGUUUUGCUGGUUUAGGACCAAUCGGAUCAGAUAUUGAAGCAGUUAAAAGACAAAUCGAACAACUUAAACAUUUCAAAGAUGAUGUUGAUCCGCAUAUGGUUGAAAUUGAAGCUUUAAAUAGACAAGCUGCUGAGUUAACAGAACGUACUUCGAUUGAACAAAAAGCAUCAAUUCGUGAACCGUUGAAUGCUGUUAAUCAGAGAUGGGAUAAUCUCUUGCGUGGAAUGGUAGAAAGGCAAAAACAAUUAGAACAUGCCUUACUGCAUUUGGGACAAUUCCAACAUGCACUCAACGAAUUAUUAGUUUGGAUUGGAAGAACAGAUACAACCUUAGAUCAAUUGAAACCGAUACCUGGUGAUCCACAAUUGUUAGAAGUUGAACUUGCCAAAUUGAAAGUACUUGCCAAUGAUAUUCAAGCCCAUCAGAGCUCUGUUGAUACAUUAAAUGACGCCGGUCGUCAAUUAAUUGAAUCAGAGCGUGGUUCAUUAGAAGCUAGUAAAACACAAGAAAAAUUACGAAAAUUAAAUGAUGAAUGGAGAAAUCUUUUACAAAAAUCAUCUGAUCGCCAACAUGAAUUAGAAGAAGCUUUACGAGAAGCACAAAGUUUCAUUGCCGAAGUCCAAGAUAUAUUGGGAUGGUUAGGAGAUGUUGAUGCUGUAAUAGGUGCUAGUAAACCCGUUGGUGGAUUACCAGAGACUGCAACGGAACAAUUAGAACGUUUUAUGGAAGUUUAUAAUGAAUUAGAAGAAAAUCGUCCAAAGGUCGAAACUUUACAGUCUCAAGGUCAAGAAUAUAUUAAGAAACAAAAUCAAAUGAAGGUUUCUUCUAGUAAUUUACAACAUAUAUUGAGAACUUUGAAACAACGUUGGGACGCGGUACUAUCAAGAGCUUCCGAUAAGAAAAUUAAAUUGGAAAUUGCUCUUAAAGAAGCUACUGAAUUCCACGAUACACUUCAAGCGUUUGUUGAAUGGUUAACUCAAGCUGAAAAACAAUUAUCAACAGCCGCUCCGGUUUCAAGAGUCUUAGAAACAAUACAAAUUCAAAUUGAAGAACAUAAAGUAUUGCAAAAAGAUGUUAGUACACAUCGUGAAGCUAUGUUGUUAUUGGAUAAAAAAGGAACACAUCUUAAAUAUUUCAGUCAGAAGCAAGACGUAAUUUUAAUCAAAAAUCUAUUAGUUUCUGUUCAACAUAGAUGGGAACGCGUUGUAGCUAAAGCAGCUGAACGAACACGAGCAUUAGAUCAUGGUUAUAAAGAAGCUCGGGAAUUCCAUGACUCUUGGGUUAAUUUAGUUCAAUGGUUACAAGAAACUGAAGAGACAUUAGAUCAUUUAACUGAAGAAGCAACAAAUUGUAAUGAAGCACAAAAAAUAAAGAAAUUCUUAGAUAAACUUAAAGAAAUUCAACGAAAUUUAUCUGCCAAACAAUCACAAUAUGACACCACAAUGCGUUCUGGUAAGAAUCUCAUUGACAGAGCACCAAAAGGAGAUGAACAAGUGCUUAAUAGAAUGUUAGUCGAACUUAAAGAAACUUGGACUCGCGUAUGUUCCAAGAGUGUUGAUAGACAACGUAAAUUUGAAGAAGCUUUAUUAUUAUCUGGGCAAUUUUCGGAUGCCUUACAAGCUCUUAUGGAUUGGCUUAAGAAAACAAGAUCGCGUUUGUCUGAUCAAGGUCCUGUACAUGGUGAUUUAGAAACUGUAACAACAUUGGUAGAACAUCAUAAGCACUUGGAACAAGAUUUACAAAAGAGAUCAGCUCAAAUGCAACAAGUUUUACGUACCGGACGUGAUUUAGAACGUUCUGGUGAUAAUCGUGAUAUUGCAAAACAACUAAAUGAAUUACAGUCAUUGUGGAGUGAUGUUGAAGAUUUAAGCUCUAAACGUGGAUAUCGACUACAAGAUGCUCUUAGAGAAGCUGAACGUUUGCACAAAUCAGUACAUAUGUUAUUAGAAUGGCUUUCAGAAGCUGAACAAAAACUACGUUAUGCACAAGCAGCUCCUGAUGAUGAAAAUUCUGCUAGAGAAUUAUUGGAGAUUCAUUCAAAAUUCAUGAGAGAAUUAAGAGAAAAAGAACGUGACAAAGAUAAUACAUUACAACUGGCACAAAGUAUAUUAGAUAAAGCGCAUCCUGAUGCAAUACCAAUAAUUAAAAAUUGGAUGACAAUAAUACAAUCAAGAUGGGAAGAAGUUUCACAAUGGGCAAUUGGUAGAGAAAAUAAAUUAAGAGACCAUUUACAAUCAUUAAGAGAUCUUGAUGAUACAAUUGAAGAAUUACUUAAAUGGUUAGCUGGAUUGGAAGCAACUCUAAUAAAUCUCGAAAGAGAGCCAUUGCCAGAUGAAAUACCACCACUAGAACAAUUAAUUGCCGACCAUAAAGAAUUUAUGGAAAAUACAGCACGACGUCAACCAGAAGUCGAUAGGGCAUGCAAACCUAAACAGCCUUUAGCAGGAACAAAAGAAGCAAGAAAACCAUCAAGACCUAGUAAAACACCUGUCCGUGGUUCUAGUCAUGAUAUUCGCGAGCAAUCGCCAGAUUAUUAUAGUGCAUCCAGAAGGCAAAGCUUUAAAGGAUCACGAGAUCAUGGAUUGAAUUCACGACGAACAAGUCGAAUUAGUCCAAGUCGAGAUAGAGAUACACCGGAUAGAGUUCGUUUACCACAUUAUGGUCCAAGAUUUUCACCAAGUAACGUACCUGAAGCCGAAUUCCGUUCCCCACGUGCAAAACUUUUAUGGGAUAAAUGGCGUCAUGUAUGGAUGUUGGCAUGGGAAAGACAACGUCGUUUACAUGAACAUCUUUUAUAUUUGCAAGAUGUUGAAAGAGUACGUAACUUUAAUUGGGAAGAUUGGAGAAAACGAUUCCUUAAACAUAUUAAUAAUAAGAAAUCACGUCUUACGGAUCUUUAUCGUAAAAUGGAUAAAACAAAUGAUGGUUUGAUUCCAAGAGAUGUUUUUAUUGACGGAAUCAUUAAUACUAAAUUCGAUACAUCGAGACUUGAAAUGGGUGCAGUUGCUGAUCGUUUUGAUCGCAACGGUGAAGGUUUAAUUGAUUGGGAUGAAUUUAUGGCAGCAUUACGUGCUGAUUGGCAAGAUCGUAAACCAUUAACAGAUAACGAUAAAAUUCAUGAUGAAGUUAAACGUUUGGUUAUGUUAUGUACAUGCCGUCAAAAAUUCCGUGUAUUCCAAGUUGGAGAGGGUAAAUAUAGGUUUGGUGAUUCUCAAAAAUUACGUUUAGUACGUAUUUUAAGAAGUACUGUUAUGGUUCGUGUUGGAGGUGGUUGGGUUGCUCUUGAUGAAUUCUUACAAAAGAAUGAUCCAUGUCGAGUUGAAGAACACUUAGCCGAAUUAUUGCCAAUAUUUGAAAAACUUCGAGCACAGGAACAAAUUCCAUGCGCGUAUCCAUUGCAUAUGGGUGCUAGUGGUACUAUGUUUGUACGUAAUAAUAAUAGUAAAUCAGUACCAUUAAGUCCUCAUGCACCACAUUGCCAUCCUUCAACACAUUGGGUACGAGAACGUUCAACCCGUUCAAGUGGUAUGUCACGACCAUCAAGAUCAUCAUUAUCAGCAUCAACACCAGAUUCAUUAAGUGACAAUGAAAGUAGUUUAGGUGUCGCUGGACGUUAUACACCUCGUAAAGUAUCACAAACACCAAGAUCUGGUUUAACACCAGGUGGUUCAAGACCAAAUUCAAGACCUGCUAGUCGACAAGGUUCAAAACCACCAUCAAGACACGGUUCUAAUCAAUCAUUAGAUAGUACAGACGAUACACCAUCACGCAUUCCACAACGACGACCAACAAAUUUCUCUACGACAUCAUCAACAACAUUACAGGGUACACCAACGAGUAGACCAGCUAGAUUACAAGUUGGUACACCGACAUCAUCACGAACAAAUGGUACUACAAUAACUACAACAACAACAACUAGAAAAACAAUGUCUGGAUCAGCAAGUCCAGCUCCUACAAGUCGAAAUACUGUAUCAAGGAUACCAGUUAGACAAACAUCUGCUGAAAAAACGAUACCUCCAUCACCAUGUAGUAAUUCUAGUUCAGCUUCGAAUAGUCUUCUAAUAACUAAUUCGGGGCGCAAUAUAAGUGGUAGUUCAACACCAUCUGGAAUGCAAACACCUCGAAAAGGAUCAAUGGAUCCACCAACACAUCCACCCCCAAGAAAAUCACGUGGUGGUACACCAACUCAACACAGAGAACCAUUUAGACUUUAAAUACACAAAAAAAAAAAAAAACAAGAAAUAUUCAACAGAGUUUCUAAUGGAAACAAUAUGAUGAAAUGAGGAAAAAAUUAACAAAAAAAGGCCGAAUAUUUUAUAAUAAACAAAUUUAUAUAUUUUUAAAAAAU